AUUAUAAUAACGUGUAAUUACUAAUGCUUAUUAUUAUAAUAAUAAUUGAUAAUAAUAAUAAUAGUAAUAAUAAUAAUACCAACAAUAAUAAUUGCUAAUUAUUAUUAAGGAAUAACUAUAUCGUUAAACUGUGGAUUUUAUUGAUAAUAAUAAUAAUAGUAAUAGUUAUUAUAACGAUAAUAAUAGGGAUGGUAUAACAAUAAUACAAUAUACAUACCUAUUACGAUACCUAAAACUACCUAACUACAAAAUAAAUGUUGCCUUUUGUCACAUUGGUUAAUGAGAAUGAACAAUACAUGUAUACAUAUACGUAUAUACAUAUAUGUGUAAAUAUAUAUGUAUAUAUUAAUUGAAUCCUGUAUAAUUAUAAUUACGUAUUCAAUUAAUAAUGAUAAUUAUGAUGAUAAUAAAUAACAAUCCAUCAUACAAUGAUUAGUUUACACAACAUGUAUGAUUAAUAUAAUUAUUGUAAUAUAUAAUAUUAUAAUAUUUGAAAUGUAUUAAAGAUUCAUAUGGUUGUAUUGUGAAUUUAGUGUCGUGUUGAUGUACAGAAAACCGAAAAAGCAAAAUAGCUAAAAAAAAAACAAACACACUCUCUGUCAAAGAAAAAUACCCCUACAGGGAUUCAGAAUAAAACAACGGAACACUCGGAAGUAAAUAUCACAUGAUAUUCGAAUUGUAUAUUUCAUCCCUUUCCAAAAUAUUCCACUUUAAUAAUCCAACAUUUUGUUUUACAAAUUCAAGUUUCCGAUCGCUACCGCACGCUCAGAACGAAGAUUUCGUACACCCCUGUUCGUAUGCGACCCAACAUACUUCCGAACAAUCCACGUGGGGUAAGAAAUACAAUUUGAAUAUUGUAAUUAUAAGAAUAAUCCGAACUUAGACAGCCCAAGGGGAGCGACGAACGGUCACCAUACAAGUCCGUAAGCGGAAGAGUUUUUUGACAAACCAGAGGUAAAAAUUAAUUACAAACGAAGACUCGCAAUUUGGCAUUAAUUUUGAAAUACAGCGGCAAGAAUACCCCUUCGUUGACUCGAUGAGGGAGGGGUGGUAAUCGUUUGGGGUGGAGAGGGGAGCGAACCACAUCGCCGUGUGGGAAGGGCGGGCGCCAUUGGCGGGCAUCGAAGGGGCAUCGACCGCCGCUUCGCCCCGGAGUGGCAGUUCCCCCCGUAGUCGCACCAAUACAGGCUAGUGCUCGACUCUAUAUCGCCGACCAUUGGUCCUCAAUUUGCCGACCAAUCAUUGGGAAAGUGCGGACGAAAAUAUCCAAUCUCUGUGCCAACCUUCGCUGAGAAUUCUCGAUGGAUCAACUCGGAGAGGGACAGACCGUCAUGGUCGGCAGCGGAGGAGCUGUUCAAGUUCUCCAGAUGAGCCAAGGUGGCCAAGCAAUGAUGUUGCCUCAGACGAUUCAGGUCGCCUCACCUAACGGACAAAUUCAAGUCGUACCUGUUUCGAGCCUAGCGGGAGGUGGCCAACAAAUUGUCAUACAACAACCCCAAACGCCUCAGAUUAUCCAGACUCCCGACGGUCAGACUUAUAUAUAUCAACCCGUUCAACUGGAAGGACAGGUUCAGCAGACCCAGCCUACAGUUUUGAACAUCAACGGAAACUUGAUGCAAAUCGCCGGCACCACGACGCAAACUACAACCUCAGCAUCUGGAUCUCCGGUUCAACCUUUGUCUAGUCCCAACGCAUCAGCUUCACAGGCAGGAAACAUUGUCAUGAUGCUACCAGGCAACAGUGGGCAGUCGCAAUUUCAGAGGGUAGCUCUGCCUAAUGCAGAAUUUUUGGAAGAGGAACCCCUCUACGUCAACGCCAAGCAGUACAGGCGUAUUCUGAAGCGUCGUCAAGCCAGAGCGAAGCUAGAGGCGGAGGGAAAAAUACCCAAAGAAAGACCGAAAUAUUUACACGAGUCACGUCACAGGCAUGCGAUGAACAGAAUUCGAGGAGAGGGAGGCCGUUUCCAUUCUGGCCAGGUAAAAAAAAGAAGUAGGGCGAACUCAAGUUCGAUGAUUGCUCAACAUAUGACAGCGUCGAGUAGUGCGAACACCAUUCGAACUAUCUCACUUCCUGCAACAAGUACGGGUGGUCAACAUCACAGCAGCGAAGAGAUGGCACCUACAAUCAUAAUCGAGGUUGGUCGAUGAGGAUCUCAUGUCGUCAAGACGUCGUCGAAUGGAACCCGCAGAGUCGAAUCGCGUUGUACGCAUUUGAGUAUCCGACACCAAUGGCGCUCGAUGUGAUAAUUCUUCCUGCACGCAUUUGUUUUUGGGUAAAGAACCUAGUUUUUUUUAACUUUAACGGUUAUGUAUUUUUAAAGUCAUCACUUUAGUCUUAUCAUUUCUCGUAGCACGGGAGCUCUCAUUGUUAGCGAUUAGAUACUCUACUGAGGGCGCACAAGAUCAUCGAUCAUAUUUAAUUAUUAAUAUAACAUGUCCUUUAGUUUUAGUUUGUCCGUUGGCGCGACGAAGUUUUCGCCAUAUUUUUUAUUUAUCUAUCAUCGAAGAGCGCGACAAUAUGUGAAAGUAUGUUUAGAGACUUGCGAAAUCGAUAUGAGAGCACAAUAUUUUUCUUAUCAACAAUUCUACCAUGCGUAUUUCGAGUUACAUUCGCAAUAUCAGACUGAUAUAGAAAAACAAAAGCGAAACUAGAUGUCCAUGUAAAUACGUAUAGAAGCGUUCUAAAUUUUUUUCACUUGAGAAAAAUCACAAAACAUCUGUGUAAGCAACAAGCAACGGCUUCAAAUAUUUAUCAUUAAUUUAAUUCGUCGGAUGAAAAUAUACCUGAAGUGUCUUCUUCGUUGGGAGUCUAUAUCAGUCCAUGAUUCGAUACGAGGAGAAGCCAAACCUUUCGAGAAUGCGAGUAGUGCAAUGAAAAAUUAAAUAAAAAUGAGAGAUCGGAGUCUGUGGACUUUUCAUCACAUGAGCGUUAACGUGAAUGAGAAUUUUAACGCGAUAGACCAGCUUGGAACGUAAUCCUUUUUCUUUAUUACAAACCAAGCCAUAUCGGUGAUACUUUUUUCUGACAGAAUCUGAAUUAUACUGUUGUAAAAUAUCGUUUCUUUUCAUCGACCGAUGAGUGGUCGAUGCAAAGUGUUCUUCUGGAAAGAAAAUAGAUUCCAGCAGCUGGUCUUACGAAUUGAAGUAAGAUGAAAUUGUACAUAAAUUAUGUAUAAGAGAUACCUCCAUUCAUAUUAACUGAAGUAAGAGUUAGAGGACAGAUUAAAAAUAUCAUAAUUGUAAAAAAGAAACGAGUGGACGUGUGGAUGCAUAUUAAUGAAUAAUAUUAAUUAUGGUUUUGUACCGUGUAACAUGACGACUUAUUAGAUAAAUAACCUAACGAUAUUCUUUCUGUUGCAAAAUCCCCGGUACCUUGUUACGAUUACUUAUCAAAACUUCAUUUAGUAAUUAUUAUUUAGAAAAGCGUGAUUAAGUAUCUUAUUCGGUUUGAAUCGUACUCCAUAUUAUUAUAUUCGUUCGGAAAAACUAGACAAAUCUGCGUUUUUCUGGGGAUAACAUCACAUGUAUAAUGAACAUCCGAAAUAAAUGUUAAUAUAUGAGAUAA